GCUGAGCGGCGACAGACAGGACACAUCGAACCUGAAUUCCCCACCGCGAAAACUCAGGAUGCGCGGCUCUUUUCUCCUCGGAGCGCCCAUCUUCUCACUGUGCCCCGGCUGCGCGCACAGUGACCUGAUAAAGUGAUAAGCAUCCGCUGGCGCGCGCCCGAUCGAAAUCACGACAUGCAGGCGCCACGGACGCGCGCGCUCAAAGUGUAACUCGGCCACGACUCCACGUACCUCCUCUCAUCGUCCAUACGUGUCCCCUCCUCCGCCGCCGUGCCGCCCCACGCAGCGCGCAUAAAAACCCACGCGCGCAGGCCACCGCGCGCCGCCGGAUCAUCACACAGUCAGUCCGAGAAGACAACAACUUCCGCCCGUGACCAAUCGAGGAACACCCACCCAGUGAUCCAGACAUGAGCCAGGGCCAGCCUCGGAGGCCCGAGGGCGGGGAUGCCAUGCAGGCCGACCGGCCAAUCAAGUACGGCGACGUGUUCGACGUGUCCGGCGACCUGGCGGCGCAGCCCGUGGCGCCCAGGGACGCGGCGAUGCUGCAGUCCGCCGAGAACGAGGUGCUGGGGCUCGGGCAGACGCAGAAGGGCGGGCCCGCGGCCGUCAUGCAGUCGGCCGCCACGAUCAAUGCGCGCGCCGGCCACGUCGGCCGCGGCCAGCUCACGGGCCCCGUCGCCGACGCGGGCGUCACCGUCACCGAGGCCGACCUCCCUGGCCGCCGCGUCGUCACCGAGUCCGUCGCCGGGCAGGUCGUGGGCCGGUUCGUCGCGCCCCCGCCGGUGGCGGCCACCGAGCCGUCGGGCGCGCUGGGCCAGGACGCCGUGACCAUCGGGCGCGCUCUGGAGGCCGUGGCGGCGGCGGGCGCGGGGGCGAAGCCGGUGGACCAGAGCGACUCGGCGGCCGUCCAGGCGGCCGAGAUGCGCGCCACGGGGUCCAACCUCACCGUCCCGGGGGGCGUCGCCGCGGCGGUGCAGGCGGCCGCGGACCAGAACGAGCGCGCCGCGCGCGAGGAGGACAAGGUCAAGCUCCGGGACGUCCUCUCGGACGCGAGGAGCAAGCUGCCGGCGGACAAGGGGGCGACGAGGGAGGACGCGGAGAGGGUCGUGUCGGCGGAGAUGCGGAACAGGCUGGACCUGACGACCACGCCGGGCGGCGUGGCGGAGGCGGUGACCACGGCGGCGCGGCUCAACCAGGAGCGCCCGUAGGCGUUGCGUCCUCUCCUCCUUCUGUCUAGAGCUGUACAGCGUACGCCCGAGGUGGCACGCAGCGGUGCUGUGCAGGGUUCUGGGUCCUGUACAUCGUGUAUAUAUACCGAAUAAAACGGUGUGUGCUCGUCUAGUCGUUUCUUGUAUGGGAUGGAAGUACAUGAAGAUCACCAGUGUCCAGAGUGCAAAACAAUAACACGGGUCCGUUAAACUUUUAAGCAAA